GUGAGGAUGACACACUUAGUCUCCGUCACUUUAUUGCUACUGUACUGUUUGUUGGGCUGUUCUGAUAGCCAACGUUCUACUUCGAAUGCACUAGGUGAUUUCAAGUCAGCACUGAUGGAAUACAUGGAAGCAUAUUACGCAAACCAACUAGUGCAAUAUGAUAUUUUGGAAGUUUGGGAUGUUUCCAAUGAUGCAUACCAGGUUGAAGUGCUGCUGACAGAUGAGUACGAAGAGGGGAAACGCCUGAAUAAAUCUACUAGUCUGCGCAAAGAAGAUAGUGAAAUCCUUAUUGAGACAGUUGAAAAUAAAUGGAAAGCCAGAGCAAGAUUGGAUGCUGCUGAAGACGCUCAGCUGUCUAGAUCAUCGGUUGCGUGUGUGAAGAAGGAAGUCAAUAGAUUAGAGAAAAAGUAUAUGAUGGAAUCGGUGAGAAAAAAAAUUGAACUACUGAAACGUGCUGCCGAAGACAGGCUUCAUUUACUAUUUAAAGCAAUGAAGCAUUUCAUGUUGAAUAAGAAUAUGAAAAUAUACGAUUACUUAGUAGAGGAUAUCGAAUUCGCCAAAGCGGAGUACCACAGAGGAAUAAAUGCACUUGUCAAAACAGCAGUCGAGUUGGAGGAUAAGCGACUUCAUUAUUUAAAAUUACUUUGUCCAGAGGAAAGAGUCAAAGCCUUAAUAAACUCAGUGACUAAGGAGGUUUACACACCAAAAAAGUACGUUCCUUCUAUGUAA